AGAUAACAUUUAAUCAUAUGGUGACCAUAAGUCCGCCUGAUCGAAGAGGGAAUGCCAUAAGUUUCGUUCAAUCAGGAUUGUUUCUGAGCCUUUUCCUUAUGGCUUUAUCCACGGUAACGGAUAAUAAGACUGCUCAAGAUAUAAAUGCUUUCAUUGGCAUCAAUUCUACUAUUGCGCAGGAUAAAAAAGAUUUAAUAACUGAUAUCAUAGCGACUUUCCCAGAGUCCAAUGCCGACUUACGAUGGCGUUGGUCGUCCAGACUGGUGCUCAAGUCUGAUAUAGGAAGCCAUAUAAUCAACAAUAGUGUGAUAAAAUCAUUAAAUUUGCAAGUCAACCAUUGUGAUGGUACCGAAUCGCCAGAAGAGUUGGCAAAGACUCUAAACCGUAUGGUGGAAGAGGAUUCAGGGGGUGCAAUCCACGAUACUUUUGAAGCGGAUGAAUUUGAGGAUGGUUUCCAAGCCGUGGCUAUAACAAUGUUAUAUUUCCGGGCGCGUUGGCGGUCCGCACCUACAGUUCUCAACGGCACGAGACUUUUCCGGGAUGCAGAUGGAACUCCACCGAGAACGGUCCCCAUGAUCCGAAUCAAUGACGUCAUGCGGUAUGCCAACAUACAGGAUUGGGGAUGCCAGGCUAUAGAGAUAUCGUACGCCACACCGGGGCUGAGCUUGUUAAUCCUGGUACCAGAUGGGACUUCCUUGAGGGACGUGGCGCACCAGCUGACACUCACCAACUUAACGAAAAUUGUCGAUCGAAUGGAGCCGAUACGUAUAGGGGUAUCUAUGCCGCUCUAUACGUUGCGUAUGACGUUACUGUUGCCAUCUAAACUUCAGAGUAUGGGUAUGCACAGUUUAUUUAACUGGUCCGAUGGCACGCAGAAGGACUUGCGGUUAUCCCAUGCUAUUCAGCGUAUUAUGUUUUGGGCGGAGGCUGGCCGCAAUGCCUUUAAAGAUGAUGGUAUAGAAUGGGACUCGACACCAGAAUUGGAGUUGGUUGUUGAUCGACCAUACCUAUUCUUCGUGCGGUGGCACAACAUAACGCUUAUGAACGGAAAUUUUGUUCUCUAGUCUAGGGUUGGGCAGAACAGACACGCCAAUCAAUGAACGUUAUCCCGCGCACGAUAGAAUUAUUUAACUCUUUUAUUUUUUUAUAACCUUGAUGAUACAUUCUGUGAUUUUAUCAUAUUUUUUAUGCAUUUAAUUGGUAGACUAGCUUGCACUCGAAACUGCGUGCGUGCGUGAUAAACUAGUUUUUUGAGAAUAACACAGGAACCUAACAUUUUUCCGGGAUACAAAAUAUCCUAAGUAUAUAGGAUAUAUUUUCAAUAUCAAAACAAAAAAAUAUAUUUGAAACCGGUUUCGAAAACAGAAAAAUGAUUUUUUUUUUACGAAACUGGUUUCGAAAAAUAGUUUCGAAAACCGCCAAAGGGGAUUUUUCUUAGCACGAACCAAUAUCGAAUUCGAAUAGUAUGCGAGUGUGAAAUGUCAAUGUCAAAUUUUGUAUAGAAAUUUAGACAGUGCAC